UGCAGACCCUGAUUGGUUAAUGAGGUAGAUUAAAUGCAGUUGAUUGGUUAACGGUAUAGCGGUAGUGUCAAGUCUGAACCUCUCUAAUGUUUUUGUGUCAAUGCAUUACUGUUUUUGUUUAUGUAAACGACAGUUAUGCAUUUUUUUCUUGAAGGAGCUGACCCAAGCUGUAUAUGCGAGUAUAAUAUGCUGCGUAAAACUCCUCUGAUGGUUGCUGCAAGCAAUAACAACGUGGAGAUUAUUAAAGAACUUGUUUCACAUGGUGCUGAUGUUAACCAAGCGACUUUUACAUCACCUCUUUUGUUGGCUGCAAAAUUCAAAUGUUGUGAAGCGUUGGAGCAACUCUUGAGCUAUAAUCCUGAUAUCAACUAUGUAGACGAAGGAGGGAAUUCGGCGUUAUCCACACUAUGUACCGUUCUUGUCAUAAAUUAUUCUACUGAUGAAUAUGACUACCUAUUACAAUUUUGCAGGAAGAUUUUGAUUUCUGGUGGAGAUAUAACACAUCUCACAAAGGUGAGCACAAUAUCACCGAUAAUGCAGGGUACCGUAUUUGUUCGUAUGUGUCCCGAUCUUAUACGACUUCUAUUAGAGUUCGCAACCUGUCGUGAACAUAUACAGUUUUUAUCCACUAUUUGCGAAAUGUGUACUGAAGAAGGAUUAGAGGAUUGGGAACAACUGUAUGACUUGAUCUGGCAACCGAGAAAAUUAACUCACUUGUGUCGGAUUAAGAUAAGAUGUGUUCUGGGUGAAAAAGGACUGGAACGCAUUGAAGAACUCCCUUUACCUGCUACAUUAAAGGGUUAUCUUCGACAUAGCGAGGGAAUAACUUUUGAGUGGAGCUAACUUACCGUACUUUUUACAUAGUUACCGUACCGUACGUACUUACCGUACUUUUUCGGGUUUUGCCGAAUGCUAAUGACAUGAAUCGUUUCAGUUGAUUCCAUUGAAAAACGUUUCAGUUGAUUCCAUUGAAAAACGUUUCAGUUGAUUCCAUUGUGUUGAUUCCAUUCCACCUUAAAAGUAGGAACCGAUCCAACUUUCAUGCACGGAGAAUGUUUUCGCUAACCAAUCAGAUUUAGGGAAGAUUUAAACUUUCCGUGCGUAUCGGUACGUAUAUGACAAACGCUGCAUUUAUUUUUACUGUAUUUAUUUUUUCCGGAUCGUAAUCCCAGGUUCGUAACGUAAAUGGAGCCUUCUGAUUGGUUGACGAGAGGUUUGUAUCACACGAUACGGACCUCUCGCACACGUUACGGACCUCUCACGUUUCUCGCCAAAACAAACCGAGGAGUUAAGAGAAUUUUCAAACUCAAAAAAACAAUCCGCAAAGCUGAAAAUCCCUCCCUAUCGAUACUAAAGACAGGAAAAUAAGCAGAAUUGACUUCAAUGGAUUUAGUGCCAAGUCCGAAAUGUACUUUUUUCGACCUAAAUGAAAAAAACCCCAAGUAUUUCAUUGACGUACAAGUAUCGAAAAAUCAGUGCCAAAUGUUUAGUUUCAAAAGCUCAGCAUAUAUUCAGCUAUAUUUCGAAUAAUAUACGUUAAAAUACAAAUACUGGAACCAAGGACUUAUCUUCAAACAUAAAAAAAUAAAAAAGAACCUUAAACGACAUUUUAAAAUGAUUUCUAGAUUCAUUUCAGUCAUAUAAUUGUUUUUUUAUAAAUGCAGUCAUUGUUAUCUACAAGUACAAUUUGUUGCUGCGUGUCGAAAGAACAUUUUUGAAGCAUGUCUGGCCAGGAUCAAACGUCGAAUUUUUAUGUGCCAAACCUAAUGUUAAUGAGGUAAGUUCUUUGUUUCACUUCAUUUGCAUUAGGUUCGGCACAUGAAAAGUUCGACGUUUGACCCUGGCCCUGGCAGAAAAAUAAAUAGUUUACACUUUUAUUGUCUUGUUGUGUAGAAAAUCAUGUAUUGCAUAAAAAAUAAAGGCUUUUUAUCGUGUCAUUUUCAGCAAUAUGUCAGCCAUGCUUGGACUAAUGUAUUUUAAAAUAAUUAAAUAAAUAAACACAACUGAUCUCAAAUCUUCUUCGCCACACUGGAGCUUUGUAGGAAUUUAAAUAAUUAAGCAUCGUGCAAAAAAUAAAUAAGUUAUUUACCGUUAAGGUCGGCCGUACUUGAAAAAUAUUUUCCCAAGGUCUCAGAAGCGGCCCGAAACCGAAGGUUGAGGGACGCUUCUGAGACCGAGGGUCGAGGGACACUUUGAGACCUCGGGAAAAUAUUUUUCAGUACGGACCUCCCGGCCGGUAAAUAACAUAUACGAAGUCAGCUAGACAAAAGUUAACGUCACUUGUAAAAACUGUUCACCUAUGUCGUCCCGCUUUGGCGGAACGGGGUGGAAGGCGGGAUAAUUUUGAUGUAUUUGAAAAUGUCAUUCUGCAUAAACGAAAGUUGAUCGACGAGGAACUGAAAUAUUGAUAAAAUUCUGCAGUAACAAAAACUAUUAUGGCUGUUUAAAUUCUCUUUCUCGUCAAUUCACAAAUAUUCAACAGCAAGCUAUACCAGGACAUUGCUGUAUUAUUAACCGUGUUGUACGCUGUCCAAACAUCAAAUUAUUUCGCACAUCCUGCGGUCCUGGCAUGAUGGCCCGUUUCAUCGGAACGAAUUUCAGUAUGGCUAAAAUCCUAAAUGCCUGAAUCCCGCGCUGGAGGCUUGCCAAAGAACUAUAUAUAGCAUAAAUAAGAAGAACUCACAGAAAGGAAACGUGAUCAUGGGAGCAGGUCUUUCGUCAUCUUUCGUCAGAACGACGAUAUUUUCAAACAGC